GAUGGUUGCAGUAUGAGUUUACCGUUAGUAAAGCAAAUCAUCACCUUUGUUACUAAAGUACAUAUAUGUAUAAAUAACAGUUUGUACUCAAAUGCAACUUUCAAAGAUAUCUUAACAUCACACAGUAACCUUGCUCCAGAAACAAAAAAGUCACUGUCUACCAAACUCAUCAUUUAUUAGCAUGUUGACCAUGCUCCAGUCUUCUUUUUUUUUCCUCGCAUGAUGAUAUGCAUAUCUUCUGUAUCACCAUAUCCACAACAGUGAUUGUUUGAUGACUUUGGAAUGAGUGAAACAUCAAUUAUAAUAUCUUUGCACGUCCUUACUGGACUGCGUUUGUAAAUUGUUGCAGAGUGUACUUUGUGCUGCUCUGUAACAAUUUUAGAGUUCGUAAUUGUUUGACGUACCUAUACAUGUGUUCGAAAAUAGAACAAAGUAAUCUUUCUGAAACAUCAAAAGUGUGCUUUUCUUCCCGAGCUCAAAACGUUGGGAACAGGUAGGGAACUUGUCUUUCUCAUGGUUCAUUGUUUGUUUAUUUUAUUUAGUUAUCAAAAACUUCUCAAAAUUGACAGAAUAUAUAUUAUUCAUGAUGAAUGCAACCUAGUAUCCUUAAGGCUGCUACACACAGUGCCGGCGGCGGGGCCUUGCCGCGCAAAGGAGCCGCCGGCGGGUUACGCGGCUUGCCGGCGUCACUUCGUUCCUGGCAUUGUGCGGUUUGUGUGUUUAAACAAAUUAAAAUGUCGUUUAAUUGGGUCGACGAAGCUGUGUCCUGAUCUUAAUUGAAAAAUUUCAUGAAAAUGAUAUAUUAUGGAAUCCCAGAACGCAGACUACUACAAACGAAUGGACGCAUUGAACAUAAUUGCAAGUGUAUUUGACAUUGAUAAAGGCGAAGUAGAGAGAAACUUAAAAAAUUUAACCUCUCAUUAUUUUCGGGAAAAAAACAAGUUAGAACAGUUACACAAAUCUGGUGCAGGCAUAGACGAUGUACAGGAACCAAAGUGGUUUGCUUACAAAGCAUUGAACUUUUUGCGAGACAAAAAUAAACCACUACCCACAGUAAAUAGUGAGAAUGAUAUGGAUUCGCAAAAAAGUCAGCAAGACAAUGUCACAGCGACUAGUUCCCGGAAAAGGAGAUGCGGUACUGAUGGAGACAGUGAUAUUGCCGAAGCUCUGCAACACGCUGACUGGUGCGACCGUUGUUUGAACUCUAGAAUGGGAAAUUUGGAAGAAUCUCUUGCCACUUCAGUCAAUCCAAAACUCCUUACUUCUUUGUAG